CGAAACCAGAGCGCAACGGAGGGUCGAGACUCGAGACGCGGGCCCGCCCGUUAUCUCCGGACACUCUCAAAGCAGGUCACCGUCUUUGGGCGAACGCCUGUCGAACCAUCACACGCUCCUUGCUUGGCACGUGGGGGUCUCAGAGGUAGCAUUUCGAAAAGCAUUCGUUCUUCCAAACCCUUUGCAUCGCUAAUUUCACGACUGAGUGAAGGAUGCAUUAUUGUGGGUGAUCGCCUGCUUUCCGUGUACCACUGGCGCCCUCAUUAACAUUAUCCCUGACUCCUCUGAUGAAGCACCGGAGGUCGCGAUCGCCCCUCGCAGGCACAACCCUCGUGGCGAGGUCUUUGCCUACGCGUGCAUGAAUCAGCCGCAGUCAAGCUGCAAAAACGAGUGGUCUGCAGUAUUAACACGGAUAAGAUUGCCGUUCC